GCAGAUUUACAUGGUGACUACGUCUCUUGUUGUUCACUUUCACUUCAGGAGGAGGACAUGAUCCAGUUGAUGGAGGGGGAAGAAGGGAGGGGUGAAUCCAGGUUUAGGAUUUCAAGCAAUUCACUGAGCGUGUCUGAGCGCAUUGAGCGGCAGCAGCAGCAGCAGCAACAGUUCCUUCAGCAACAACAAAGUUUCCUCUACAGAAAGUUUUAAUGGCGAAAUAUAAGCCCUGGCUUGUGUGCUGCUUUAUUUUUUCGGGUUUAAUUUGUGCGGUUGCUCUUGUGUGUCUGUGCAUCGCCUCACUUGUGGACAGUGGAUGUUCCAGCAGCAGCAGCAGCUUCAAACAUGCGGCUGUGGUUGCAGACUCACAACGUUGCUCCGAGGUUGGCAGGAAUAUACUCCAGCAGGGUGGCUCAGCAGUAGAUGGCGCCAUUGCAGCUCUUCUGUGCACCUCUCUGGUCAAUCCUCAGAGCAUGGGGAUUGGAGGAGGGUCCAUAAUCACUAUCAGAGAAAAAACAGGCAACGUAAAAGUCUACAACUUCAGAGAGACUGUUCCUCAGUUGUUCAAAAGGAAGCUGUUAGAUGAAUGUCCCACCAAAUUCGCACUUACCACAGGCAGCCAGUGGAUCGGCGUUCCUGGAGAGCUGCGCGGCUACGAGGCGGUUCACCAAGUGUAUGGCAAGCUGCCCUGGGCCAAGCUGUUCGAGCCAACAAUUAGACUGGCCAGGGAGGGCAUUCCUCUGCCACCGUAUCUGGGAAAAUUCUUGCACAUCCCAAUUAUAAAACAACGAGUGGAAAAUUCAUCCCUCUGUGAAGUUUUCUGCAACAAGAACAAGAGUGUGCUGAGCCAAGGAGACAUCCUGAAGAUGCCUAAGCUUGCAGAAACAAUGGAGACCAUUGCAGAAGAAGGGGCAGAAGCCUUCUACAGUGGCAAAAUAGGACUGGACUUAAUCCAAGACAUAAAAGCUGCAGGCGGGACGCUAACAAUGGAGGAUCUGACAUUGUUCCAAGUGCUGGUGAAAGAUGCAUGGAGGGUUCCUCUGGGAAAUAGUCAGCUGCACAUCCCUCCACCACCUGCUGGGGGCGCUCUGCUUGCCUUCAUUCUCAAGCUAAUGAAAGGGUUCCCCUUGACUUCAAACCCCCUGGAUGUUAACCAGAAGAUUCAGAUGUACCAUCAUUACAUAGAGGCAGCUAAAUUCGCUAACGGGCAACGGGGGAGCAUUCGUGAUCCUGCCUUUAAUAAGAAGGAGAGUGCAGCUCAUUUGGUUGAUCCCGCCUUCAUAAAUCGCAUCAGGGAGAUGAUUUCCUCCAACCGCACCCAAGACAACUCCUACUACAACGUCAAGCACUCCUCUGAUCACAUUGGGACGACACAUGUGUCUGUCCUGGAUGAAGACGGUCUGGCUGUUUCUGCUACCAGCACCAUAAACCAAAUAUUCGGAGGAACCAUUUACUCUUCACGAACAGGUAUCAUCCUCAACAACGAGCUGUCUGACUUUUGUGGGAGAGCAAACACAAUGAGGGCAGGUGAACAACCUCCCUCCUCAAUGACUCCAGUCAUACUGGAGACAGAAUCUGGAGGAAUUCUUGUAAUUGGUGGAUCAGGAGGAAGCAUGAUUACCACAGCAGUGGCCUUGUCUAUGAUAAAUCACUUAUGGCUGGGCAUGAAUCUGAAAGAUGCCAUUGCUGCACCUAUAGUGUUUGUUGACGCCAAGAACAAUGUAAAUUUUGAGCCUGGUUUUGACAAGGCAGUGAUACAAGGCCUCAAAGCUCUUGGACACAAAGUUGGAGACUGGAAUUACUUCUUAAACGUAGUGAAUGCCGUGGAAAAGGAGAAUGGUUGCCUUGUAGCCGUAUCAGAUAGGAGGAAGAUGGGAAUGUCAGCUGGAUACUGACCGUACAGACCAUGUGGACACAUCAACUUCUCACUGAAAUCUGCCCUAAAAUCUGACCUUAAGACCAAUUGAAUGAACCUGUGGCCUUAAGAACAAUGAAUGUGCCGCAAAUCUGAAGAUGUGAGCUGACUGGUGCUCAGGCUCUUUCUUGAUGGAACUGAUGAACAACAAAGUCAAUCAGGAAAGAAUAAUUCCAGCUUAUUACAGUGUGGGGUCUUAUUUUAAUAGUUUGGGCCAUCAUUUCUAUUAGUUUUAAUGAUAGUGAACUCACAAAAGUAAUUGCUGGGAUCUUUGAACACAGCGACUAAAAAGAAGUCAGACAGGCCAAAAAAUGUACGUUCAGAUGAUCAAACAGGUUGUAAACAAGCAAACAGAUCCAGCAGAUUAUCUAACUCACUUUAUUUGAAAGUAAAACACAAAGUGAGUUGACUCAAAUGUCAGUAAUAAUCCUUCAUGGCACAUGAAAACUGUGUACGCAGAACUACGAUAGUACAACGAACAGUUAAGGUAAAUAUUUUAGUAUUCACCUUUGUUUGUUUUUUUCCAAAGAAAUUUGGAUAAAUUGGGGGUUUGUUUAAAACCUGUUUGACUGUCUGACUGUCUGUGUUUCUUGCCCCGUCAGACUUUUUUUUUUUUUUUGCCAUGUUGCUGCUUUCCCAGAUCUCAGAAAUGAACUUAAUGUGCACUGAAGUAUUAUUACCAAUAUGAGUGAAAUUAAGACCCAAGCUGUAAUAAAAAAGUUGUAAUACACAUUUUCAAUCUAGCCAGUCAUCACACACGCACACUAUGAUGUCAUUCCACUUGAAUGACGCAGACUAACGCACUAUACUCUUACUGCUGAGAUCUGCUUGUAUGUACUGUAGGAUUACACACUCCUAAACCUUUUAUUUUUCUGACUGAAGUAAAAACUGUUUGCCGUAGAUGAGCCAUGUGACCCUUUUAAACUGACACCCUGACUGACACGUGAGUUGAAGGCCGAUGUAGCUGCCCAGACAGGGAACUUUUACUGUGACCUUACAGAUUUCUUACUGUGUGUGAAACAAGACUGAGCAUAUUGUGAUAAGUAGAUUCACAGUGAACAAAUGAUCUCAAAAAGCUUAAAUGUAUUUUUACACCAUCAAAGUGUCAUUUUAUAUUUUCUCUGUUUUAAUGUCAGAAUGUUUUGUAAAAUAAUUACACAUUUUUUACUACUAUUAACUGUGAAAAUCUGUGUUGUGAAAAUAAAUCAUA